UAAAUUGAAUUUUAUUUACAUAUUUCAUUGAACUUGGAUUAAUGAUGAUUUCUUUUUUCAGAGUUAAGAAAAAAAAAUGAAAAACGUAAGUGUGUAUACGCACUGUUCUAGAGCCAUCAAGUCAUCAACCACUCGAUUGAACAUGCGCAAAUGUGAACAAGGCAUAAAAAUAAAAUAGCCAUUAUAGCAGAGAAGGCAACAUCAUUUCAUAAUCAUAUAUCCCACAUUGGGUUGGGCUUUAAUGCCAUUUCCCAGGGCCAACGCCGAACGCUCCCUUUCCACUUUCCACCAUCAAAAUUUUCAUUUUUCCAAACACCAUGCACGAGUAGUGUUUAUCUUUAAACACGCGACAUAAACAUGACAAAACUCACCAAUCUAAUUGGGAUCAUCAAGGACAAAGCAUCGCAGAGCAAGGCGGCGUUGUUAUCCAAACGCACCACGCUCUCCCUCCUACGCGCCACCAGCCAUGACUCCUCCACGCCCCCCACGCGCAAGCACCUGGCCACGCUCCUCUCCUCGGGCGACGGCUCACGCGCCACCGCCUCUGCCGCCGUGGAGGUCCUGAUGGACCGCCUUCAGGGGACCAACAACGCUGCCGUGGCCCUGAAGUGCCUGAUCGCCGUCCACCACAUCAUCCACCACGGCAGCUUCAUCCUCCAGGACCAGCUCUCCGUGUACCCCUCCGCAGGGGGCAGAAACUACCUCAACCUCUCCAACUUCCGACACAACACCGACCCCACAUCAUGGGAACUCUCGUCCUGGGUCAGAUGGUUCGCGCAGCACAUCGAGCAGCUCUUAUGCACUUCCAGGAUCCUGGGAUUCUUCCUCGGAACCUCGACCGACAGCGAAGACAGGGUGUCGGGUGUCGCCAACGCGGACUUGUUGACCGAGUUUGACUCCCUGGUGGCUUUGGUGGAAGGGAUUUGCAAGAGGCCCGAGCCCAACGGGAACAGGUUAGUGGAGGAGAUUGUGAAACUGGCGCGUGAGGAUUGGGGAGUGGCGCAAGUUGAGGUGGGCGUGAGGGUGAGUGAGUUUAAGGAGAGGUUGGGAGGGUUGAAGUUUGGGGAAGCGGUGGAAUUGGUUUGUUGUUUGAAGAGGUUGGAGCAGUGCCAAGAGAUGAUGGAUGGGGCAAGACAACUUAGAUUCUGGGAUUUGGUUAGAGAGGUUAAGGACAAAGCAGGGAUUCAGCUCUAUAGAGAAGAGGCUAAGUUCAGAAGCGAAACUCUCAAAUUAAGGCUGAGUCAAUCGGAUCGCUUUUCUUCUCGCCUUCUCAAUUCUCCUCACUUUCUCCGCUUUCCCUCCGGGAGGUUCAUGUAGCAUUUUUAUGUCAGUGUAAAUACUAUCACAAACCAAUUAAACAAACUCUUUUUUUUUUUUUUGUUUACCAUUUUCUCUUGUUAUGAUAUGAUUUCGGGGGGUUGGGGAUAGGUUUUUUGUAAUUAGGAUUGCAUGUGAUUUCAAUUAUUGUAAGGUUUGUGAUAAGGAACAAAAUUGUUGCCAUGUGUUGUGUUGAAUCAAAAGAAAAUAUAUAGAGGAAAUGAUGAGUAGUAGUAUUCGAGAGGAA